CGUCCUGAGGCGGGCAGCGGCGCUCCGAGGCGGUUCCUGAAGAGAAAAGGGCCGCCUGAGGGGCGGAGGCGGCCAUGGCGGAGGCGGAGAGGGCCGCUGGGAGCCCCCCCGGCUCCGUGCAGGUGUCAGUCAUUGUGCCUGUUCACAACAGCCAGUGUUGGCUAGAUGAAUGCUUAAAAUCAGUUUGGGAACAGGAUUUUAAACAAACCAUGGAGCUGUCAAUUUUUAAUGAUGCCAGUAAGGAUGGUUCAGCCGAAAUCAUCGCAAAAUGGAAGAUUAAGUUGGAAGAUGCUGGUGUUCCAGUAGUUGUUGGUAGUAAUGAUUCAGCUCAGCCUCGAGGAGUUGGAUUUGCUAAAAAUCAAGCAAUAAUGCAGAGCUCAGGAACCUACCUCUGCUUUCUGGAUUCAGAUGAUGUGAUGAUGCCACAGCGGGUUAGACUGCAGUACGAAGCUGCCAUUCAACACCCAAACAGUAUUAUUGGUUGCCAAGUCAGAAGAGAGCCACCAGAGUCUACUGAACGGUACACUCGUUGGAUCAAUAAUCUGACUGAAGAGCAACUUCUUACACAGGUGUUUACCUCCCAUGGGCCUACUGUCAUCAUGCCAACCUGGUUCUGUUCUCGAGAAUGGUUUUAUCAUGUAGGAAAAUUUGAUGAGGGUGGAAAGGUGAGUGAUACUCUAAUUCAGAUUCAUGUGGGCCUAUUCUGUGUUUCAGACCUUAGGGGUUUUGGUUCCAGUGGUUUCAGUGAGAUUUUGGAAAGUAUUCCUUUAAUUCUUCCUUUUCUCCAGGUAACUGCUUUUUGUGAUGUUGAUGAAAAGAAAAUAGCAAAAGGAUUCUACACUUUUGAAGAAUCUGAGGAGAGACCAAAACCAAAAAUUCCUAUAUGUCACUUCAGAGAAGCAACUCCACCUUUCAUUAUCUGUGUGAAGCAGGAUUUGACAGGAGGAGCAUUUGAAAUGAACUUGAAUAUGCUGAACUUGAAAGAAGGGAUGGAUUAUUAUCACUUUAACUAAAGGCAAAGGUGUGUGUAGAUUUACUGUCCAUGAUUGCUGUUCUAUUUGAAGAGUGAGGAGAGUGGAAUUCACUAGAACCAUCAAAAAACAGAUGUAAUGACAACAGUGUGUUACCUGUGCAUCUGCCUCACAAUCACAGUAAUGUUACUGAAGAUAAAUGUUGCAAUUAUUUUAUUUUAUAGUCCAUAAGGAAUAAUCUGAAUUCCUGCCAGUUGCUUGAAGUACUGAUUCCCCUCAGUAGUGAAGGAAAGAUGAAAAAGAUGAAACUUCAGUUCCUGAAGCUAGUUUACUACAUUUGCUUGAAUAACACUUUGGCAUUAGCUGAAGUGAAACAGUUUUUUUUGUUUGAAAAUGAUGUAAGAAUGGUAUACUUACCUGCACAUACAAACACUCCUAAAGAUGAAGUACCAGUAAGUAUAGCCAUUCUUACCUCCAGCAAAAAAAAUUCUUUUAUAAGAGUAAUGCAGUAAGUCAGUUUUAAUAUUUAAUGUGUAAACAGCAAGCGUGGGUUGAAUGGCUCCAUUCAGAACUGGAGAAGUGUAAAUCAUUGACACGGGAAAAAAAAACAACUAAAACCCAACAGGUCAGCUGGGACAGAGCUAUGAAGCUAUGAAGACAAACUGCCAUCUUGUGGCUACAGAUAAUGAAUUAAGAAAAAGACAACAUCAUGAAUUGUUGCCCUCACAGGGUGGGCAUAUCUGCACUGUGCCUUAAGACAACUUCUGCCUCUUGUUUUGUUCACCAGUGUACUUUGCAGAGAUGCUGAGAAUCCAAUGUGUUGAGAUGCCACAGCAGCACCUGAACCAAGAGCUUCAAUUUACAGAGCAGAAGCCAGCGCUGCAACUUCACUUUGCUGAACUCUGCAAGAGAGAAAGAGAAAAGAGGUGGAGCAGUGCAGUUGUGUAUGUAAUUAAUUAAGCUAAACAGAAGAAAAUGUAGAAGUGUAAAGUUAAAUUUUUUAACUACCUGUCAGUAAAUUUGAUUUGUGUACAGGUUUUUAAAGGAAUAAUUGUUUAUUUAUUUCAAUAAAAUUAAUUCAUCUUUUCCUAA